AUGCCUCUGAUCGCACAGCAACUCCAGCCGAGAGUGAUUCUCGGGUUGAUGACCUUUGGCCCAACCGAGGCCAAGGAUGCUCGUAUCACGUCACUGGAUGAGUUCAAUAAAUGCCUGGACUACUUCCAGCAGCAAGGGUUCAAUGAGGUUGACACCGCUCGUAUCUACAUCGGCGGCGAACAGGAGGCAUUCACGGCCAAGGCGAACUGGAAGUCGCGUGGACUAACUCUGGCCACGAAAUGGUACCCAAAUCAGCCCGGCUUCCACAAGCCGGAGGUCGUCCGUGAGAAUUUGGAGCUUUCUCUGAAGGAGUUGCAGACCGAUGUGGUCGACAUUUUCUAUCUGCAUGCAGCAGAUCGUGCCACUCCUUUCGCUGAAACUCUGGAGGCUGUUAACCAGCUGCACAAGGAGGGCAAGUUCGUACAGUUUGGUCUGAGCAACUUUACAGCCUUUGAAGUGGCCGAAAUUUGCGUCCUUUGUGCUGAAAGAGGAUGGGUCCGUCCAACAGUCUACCAGGCCAUGUAUAACGCUAUUACACGUAACAUCGAGACUGAACUCGUUCCUGCCUGCCACCGGUACGGUCUUGAUAUCGUUGUCUACAACCCACUGGCUGGUGGUAUUCUCUCCGGAAAAUACAAGUCGCAAGAUAUCCCUGCGGAAGGCAGAUACAGCGACGCGGGCUCUGCGGGACCCAGAUAUCGCAAACGUUACUUCAGAGAUGCCACUUUCGAAGCUUUGAGUAUCAUUGAGCCUGUCGUAGAGAAACAUGGUCUCACACUUGUCGAGACGGCUUUACGCUGGAUCCGCCAUCACUCUGCUCUGAGAAUGGAUAAUGGCGGUCGGGAUGGAGUCUUGGUGGGAGUCAGCAGCUUCGAGCAGCUUAAGACUAAUCUCGCCGAUCUCCAGAAGGGACCGCUCCCAGAAGAGGUUGUGCAGGCUUUGGACCAGGCUUGGUUGGUUGCCAAGGCCACUUCUCCCAAUUACUGGCAUCUAGAUCUCAAGUAUACUUAUGAUACUCAGAAGGCGGUGUUUGGGCCUAAGUGA